CACGUCUUGGCUGAUGAAAGGCUACUUUUAUGAAUAGCGCUGACUCCCAGACGUUAUGAGUAAAGGCGGCUCCUUUUUGAGCCUGAAGGCCACGAUGACGUCAUUACCGGAGCGAGCAGUCAACUAAAAAAAAAUCGCGCCGGCUCCCCUCCUGCUGGAUCCCCGACCGAGCGCAGAGCAGAGCAGCGCACCGUACCGCACCGCCUCAUCCGAGGAAGCGUCCACUCAAACUCUACUCCACUCCCGGCUGACAGACGCCGCAUUGCUGCGUGUUUGCCCCCACACUCGAGCAAGCGAGCGAGCGAGGAACACGACCCACACACUCGACGCCAGCAUGUCCGCGCAGUCCGGCGAAGAGCUCGGCUCGGAGGGCAAGUGGUUCAGCGGCGGCGGAGGCGACGACUACGGCCGCAUGUUUGGCAACGCGGCGCCGCGCUUCGACGAAGUCAAGCCGAGAGGCGGUGAGGCUGCCGACGACCUGGAUCGGCAAUUUCAUCCCUACCAGGACGAUGGGAAAAGGCCUCCUGUUGCUAUGGAAACUGCAUCUACAGGUGACCCCAUGUCAGGCCUCUUCCGGAAGCCUAUGAACGACGACGGUGACGUGUACACAUCCUUGCUGUCCAAUCAGAGCUUUACAUCCGGUCUGGAAUCUUCCUACCUGUCUGACAAUGCGAAAGCUUCCUCCGGCCUGGACCGCUUCUCCUCCGACAUGUACGGCUUCAGCUCCGGCACAAAAACAGUGCCCGACGACAAGCCCGAGUCGCUGAUUGGCUCGGAAAAGACGGAAUCCUACAACUACAUGGACAUAAGCCACGGGGACGAUCGCCACGAGCGACGGCCAGCAGACGCGGGAUCGAGCGGUCGUUCUUCACUGGGUAGCUACAUCGAUCGAAACCCUGAAAAAGAAGAAGAGGAUGAGGAAGAAGACGAGAACCUGGGCCCGGCCCUGGGGUCCCACUCAUUCCCUUAUGUGGAGGAACCAUCCGAUGAGGAGCUGUCCGACUACCGCUCCUACCGGAACUUGGGCGGCACGCCGCAGUCAGCCAGCCCUGUGAAGAUCACCCUGACCGAGUCGCGGGCUCCGACGUCCGAGGCUGAGCCCCGGCCGCUUCACUCUUCGACCGCCGGGUCAGACCGUGAGAAUGUGCUUAGCGUGGGCCUCCAGGGGGUCCCCACGGUGACCCUGUCAGAACCAGAGGAUGACAGCCCUGCCUCCAGCCCCAAUACUUCUCCCACACAAAAAGAUUUCCCUUCGCGUGAUACGGUCAAAUCUGAUGUUGUGAAGUCGGCGCCGAGCAAAUACGGUCCAGGCUCAAAGGUCGGUGCCAAAGAGCAAGACGGUAGCAGUGCCGAGUCUGGAGACUCCGAAAUCGAGCUGGUGUCUGAAGAGCCUCCCAGGGCCAGCAGCGACCCAUUUGCUGAGCCUACGAAAAGUAAGGGCGCCUUCGACCGAUCCGGCGACCCGCCGGCGGCUCCUAAGACCGGCAACCACGCCCCGCCUGCGGCUUACAGCAUUCUACGCGAGGAAAGGGAGGCGGAACUCGACAGUGACCUCUUCAUCGAGUCCGCAUCGGAAGAAAGCCCGAAAAGAGAACAGGGCGUGGGAGGCCCCGACCCGGUUUCCCGCAGCCCCCGUCAGCCGGCCGAGCCCUCCUUCGCGGAAAAGAUGAAAGCGGAAGAAGAGCGCCCGAGCAAGCCCAAGCCCCCGACGGCAACAGUGCCCCCAGAGGUGCGUCCGGAGAGGUUCAGUCAAGAGGACAAGAAGGGCCACCAAAGCAAAGUGGAUCUAGGGAAAUUGGCUGCUUCCUUCCUACUGGAGGGUUUCAACAAACAAAAAGCUAUUGACCUGCUGUACUGGAGGAAUGUGAAGCAGUCGGGGGCCGUGUUCAGCAGCGUGCUUCUGCUCCUCUUCUCCCUGACCCAGUUCAGCGUGGUCAGCGUCGGGGCCUACUUAGCCCUGGCUGCCCUCUCUGCCACCAUCAGCUUCCGCAUCUACAAAUCUGUGCUCCAGGCAGUGCAGAAAACCGAUGAAGGGCAUCCUUUCAGAGGCUACCUGGAGAUGGAAAUCUCAUUAUCCCAGGACCAAAUUAGCAAAUAUGCUGACAAGAUCCUACUCUACACCAACACCUGCAUGAAAGAGCUGCGCAGGCUUUUCCUGGUCCAAGAUCUCAUUGACUCUUUGAAGUUUGCUGUGCUGAUGUGGCUACUCACCUACGUGGGCGCACUCUUCAAUGGCCUGACACUGCUUAUCCUAGCUGUGGUCUCUAUGUUCACCAUGCCCGUUGUCUAUGAGAAGCAUCAGGCGCAGAUAGAUCAAUACGUAGGACUAAUACGGACCCACGUCAACGCUGUGGUGGGGAAGAUCCAAGCAAAGAUCCCCGGGGCCAAGAGAAAGGAGGAGUAGAUCCCCACGUCUGGCGGAGGAAGGAGGCUCGCUCACCCUUGAAGAGCCAAUGUCACGCUUUUGUCAUCUUGGCCUUCUCUAAAAGCAUCCACUAGAGAAGACUUCACCCUGUCUAGAGCAGUGUAAACACUAACACACAUGUUCAUAAUGCCUCUAGGUAGACAAGUUCACAACUCAAAAAAAUGAAGUUUUUUUUUGUGUUUAUGAUUCAAAAGUAAAAAGCAUGAAGUUCAGCCUCGGGUAAAUAUUUGAUAUGAUUUUCGUGCCGUUUUGAAAACCACGCUACAUUUGAGCUUUCGCAGUGCUUACCACAAACUGUAUGGUGUGGCACAAAAACUACAGCUAAGUGGCUACAGUCUUGCUCUGCUGCCAAUGUUUGCCGCUUCAUGUUCGAGUAAAGCAGAUGAGGCUAAACUCAGUGUAUGUCAAUAUAUAUAGACAAUUUCCUUUUGGUGUUUUCCAAGCACAAACUCAUUUGAAAAAUAUGCGUCCUAGAUGUGGUAUUUGUAGGUUUUUGCUUUUGUAUACGGAUAAGGAACAAUACGCUACACGAUAAUGUUGCGGGUACUGUUGUACAACUACUAUGAAGACGAGGAGUAUCUGGUGAUAUCACGCUUGUUUGAAUAACUGUCCAACUUUGUACUAUGUUCUUCUAUACUGUGUAGUUCUCUAGACCCCGGAUGGACUCUUAACUAUUUGCACUUACACUAUGUAUUUAAUUACAAGAACAUGACAAAAUAAAUGUACCUUGAUGGAUAACAUUUC